AUGUCCGGUCGCGGAAAGGGUGGCAAGGGUCUCGGCAAGGGUGGUGCUAAGCGUCACCGCAAGGUGCUUCGUGACAACAUCCAGGGUAUCACCAAGCCCGCUAUCCGCCGUCUCGCUCGCCGUGGUGGUGUCAAGCGUAUCUCGGGCCUCAUCUACGAGGAGACCCGCGGCGUCCUCAAGAUCUUCCUCGAGAACGUUAUCCGCGACUCGGUCACCUACACUGAGCACGCCAAGCGCAAGACUGUUACCUCGCUCGACGUCGUCUACGCUCUCAAGCGCCAGGGCCGCACCCUCUACGGUUUCGGCGCCUAA